AUGGCUAUCGAUCUUAUGGUUGAAACCGGCCGAAAUCUAAUCAACGGCAUAUUAGAAGACAUAGCACCGGGUCAUAACGAAGUCAAAGAUCCGUUCGCUCUUAGCAAUGAAACUUUGCAGUCAAUCGAAAAAAUAAACGAGUAUAUAAUGAAUCACGAGAAAUUGAAGAACGAAACUUUGAUAAUCAUAAAAGACACCGAGGACCAGGUGGCCAACGUCAAUCAGCGAUUAUUUGAGAUAGACGAGAUUACCACUAAAGCUCUGAAUUAUACGGAAAGAACCAACUUGAACUUAAACAAAGUUUUGAUAAAAUCGCAAUACGUCCUGGAUAAACUUCCUAAAAUAACAGCUACCAUCGAAACCAAAGUUACCGAAUUGAUGAACAACCUGGCUGAUAGACUUAAAGUCGAAAAUAAGUUCAGGACAUCCUCAAAGCUGCUCGCUGAGGCUUUGAGGAAAAUUCAGAGCAUGUAUGACGAUUACAUAAUAAAUCUUAAUCCCAAGACUCCCUUGAUUCCUAUGACCUACGAGAAUCUCUUCAAUACUACCUUGGCCGACGGUGCUAAGGAACUCACUAUGAACCUUAAUGAGAUACAGAAAAUGCUUACAAGCGAGAAAUCUCUCCUGUACAAAGGGUUCCUCGAUGCCUUCAACAAAAGAGGAAAGAUAAUGUCAUUUGAAGAAAAAUGCGGCUUGAGUGACACUUACCAGAAUCGUCUCAAGAGGAUUUACAACUUGAUCUCUAUCAACGAGUACCGUGCUUUAGUGAUGCUGACUAUCGCCCACAAGUACUACAAAACUCAAAUAAAUGACAGAUCAGCAAACAACGAUAUACUUAGACAUUUCAAAGACUACGUCAAAAGGACAAUAUCUAACUUAAUCGCCAUGAAAAAGGCGAUGGCACUUGCAUCCACCGAAAUCAUUGAAUGUGACCCUCCUGAGUACAUGCUGGACAUCAACACCUUCUCCCUGACGAAUUUGUUCAGUAUAAUCUACUUGAGUACCGACCAGAUUGGCAACCGGUACUCCCGAUCAUGCCCAAAAAUUGACACUGUCAACAAACUCGCCUGCAAGAAAGAUGUAAAGAACAAGGACGCUUUGACAGUGAAAGAGUAUUGUCCGAAGCAGCAGUGCAACGGUCGGAUUCACGAUUGCGAAGUUAAGAAUUACUAUGAAUUCUGUGAAGCGAACGAAGGCGCACCGACGAGGUAUCAUUGGAUCGAAAGUUCAACAGACAAAAGCAGCCGAUUGAAGUGUAAUGGACGUUGGGUCGACACUAUGAAGGAAUCCAAGUGCAUUGAGUGUAUGUGUCAAUGCUCUGCCGAAGGAGCUGAAUCCACCGCAACUAGGACCAUCAGUUUUAUUCCUCAAUACACUGAUGUCGACAACGGCAUGGUUGUCUCGAAUAUGAGGUUCCACAAAAAGGACAAUGUAGUCCACAUCCAACUUGAAGAGGCUCGUAUUCUACCGGGAGGAGAAAUAGACACGAGUACUCGCCGUUGGAUUCCGCUAGACGACCUUGUCUACCAGCAAAACACCCCAGAAGGCGGCUUCUGGAAGGUCAAAGGAACGGAGCAAAUCGGGCUGAAAUUCAACAAGAACUACACCUUCUUGAGUCGGAACAAGAAGAGCUUGUACCUGGAUGAAAUCAUUGUGGGCAAGGACUAUGUUGUAACUGGGGCGAGGUUCAAGAAUGCCUAUGAGAAUUCUGAGUUCGGAACUCCGAACUUGAGCGCUAUUCAGCUUGAAAUAUUCAAGACCAAGUUUGUUUAUAAGAAUGGAACCUUGUCAAAGGAUAUAAAAGAGCAGCAUAUUUCUGUGAUUGCCAACAACAACACGCAGUCUCAACAUAACAACGCUUAUAGAAAGGCUCGAACAAAGACAGUACUGAAGAAUGUGAGGCUUUCAACGGAAAGCAACAUAAAUUCGGAAUUAUCGCCGCCAAAUACGGAAUUGGAGUUCAGAAUGACGGCGAGGGUUGGAUUCGGAAAAGGGGUGAUUCCGUUCUUCGACGCACGUCCCGCGACCAAACAAAGUCAAGUGCCACUCAGCGGGAUGACAAUUAUUUAUCGUAAGAGUAGAGGCUUUGGAGGAUUUAUCGUGCCAAAGCUGAUUGGACUUAACCACGCUGAGUAUGUUGAAACUAAGUUGUCUGACAAGAAAAAAGCAGAGUUAGAAAAGUACUUUUUAGAUAGUGCUGAUAAAUUGGGUGGAGGGAAUAUACUGAGGUAUACAAGUAUCGCUCAGAAGACUGAAUCGUUAAAAAUGAGCAAGUGGAUAUUUGUGAGCCUGGUUCUGGCUCUCGGAAUAAAGGACAUCGGCGCAGGAAUUCCUCUGAUGGCUAUCGCUCCUAUGGUUGAAGCCGGCCGAGGUCUAAUCAACACCAUAUUGGAAGACAUAGCGCCGGGUCAUAACCAAGUCAAAGAUCCGUUCGCUUUAAGCAAUGAAACUUUGCAGUCAAUCGAAAAAAUAAACACGUAUAUAGCGAAUCAAGAUGCAUUGAAGAAUGAAACUCUGGUAGUCAUAAAAGACACCGAAGACCACGCGGCGAACGUCAAUCAGCGAUUAUUUGAGAUAGACGAGAUUGCCACUAAAGCUCUGAAUUAUACGGAAAGAACCAACUUGAACUUAAACAAAGUUUUGAUAAAAUCGCAAUACGUCCUGGAUAAACUUCCUAAAAUAACAGCUACCAUCGAAACCAAAGUUACCGAAUUGAUGAACAACCUGGCUGAUAGACUUAAAGUCGAAAAUAAGUUCAGGACAUCCUCAAAGCUGCUCGCUGAGGCUUUGAGAAGAAUUCAGAACAUGUAUGACGGGUACAUAGAAAAUCUUAAUCCCAAGACUCCCUUGACAUCCAUGACCUACGAGAAUCUCUUCAAUACCACCUUGUCCAACGGUGCUCAGGAACUCACUAGCAAUCUUUAUGCGAUAGAGGAUAUGCUUACAAGCGAGAAAUCUGUCCUGUACAAAGGGUUCCUCGAUGCCUUCAACAACAGAGGAAAGAUAAUGUCAUUUGAAGAAAAAUGCGGCUUGAGUGACACUUACCAGAAUCGUCUCAAGAGGAUUUACAACUUGAUCUCUAUCAACGAGUACCGUGCCUUAGUGAUGCUGACUAUCGCCCACAAGUAUUUCGAAACCCAAAAGCUGGACAGAUCAGCAAAGAACGAUAUACUCACAAAUUUCCGUGAGUACGUCAACAGGACAUCAAACCAUUUGGUCGCCAUGAAAGAGGCGAUGGCACUUGCAUCCACGGAAAUCAUCGAAUGCGACCCUCCUGAGUACAUGCUGGACAUCAACACCUUCUCCCUGACGAAUUUAUUCAGCAUAGUCUACCUGAGUACUGACCAGAUUGGUAACCGGUGCUCCCGAUCAUGCCCGAAAAUUAACACUGUCAACAAACUCGCCUGCAAGAAAGAUGUAAAGAACAAGGACGCUUUGACAGUGAAAGAGUAUUGUCCUAAACAGCAGUGCAACGGUCGGAUCCACGAUUGUGAAGUUAAGAAUUACUAUGAAUUCUGUGAAGCGCACGAAGGCGCACCGACGAGGUAUCAUUGGAUUGAAAGUUUAACGGACAAAAGCAGCCGAUUGAAGUGUGAUGGACGUUGGGUCGACACUAUGAAGGAGUCCAAGUGCAUUGAGUGUAUGUGUCAAUGCUCUGCAGAAGGAGCUGAAUCCACCGCAACUAGGACCAUCAGUUUUAUUCCUCAAUACACUGAUGUCGCCAACGACAUGGUUGUCUCGAACAUGAGGCUCCGCAAGAAGGACAAUGUAGUCCACAUCCAACUUGAAGAGGCUCGUAUUCUACCGGGAGGAGAAAUAGACACGAGUACUCGCCGUUGGAUUCCGCUAGACGACCUUGUCUACCGGCAAAAUACCCCAGAAGGCGGCUUCUGGAAGGUCAAAGGAACGGAGCAAAUCGGGCUGGUCUUCAAUGAGGACUACACCUUUUUGAGUCACAACAAGAAGAGCUUGUACCUGGAUGAAAUCGUUGUGGGCAAGGAUUAUGUUGUAACUGGGGCGAGGUUCAAGAACGCCUAUGAGAAUUCUCAGUUAGGAACUCCGAACUUGAGCGCUAUUCAGCUUGAAAUAUUCAAGACCAAGUUUGUUUAUCAGAAUGGAACCUUGUCAAAGGAUAAAAAAGAGCAGCAUAUUUCUGUGAUUGCUAACAACAACACGCAGUCUCAACAUAAUGACGCUUAUAGCAAAGCUCGAACGAAGACGUUACUGAAGAAAUUGAGACUUUCAACUGAUAGCAACAAAAAUACGGAAUUGUGGCCGCCAAAUACGGAAUUAGAGUUCAAAAUGACGGCGAAGGUUGGAUUCGGAAAAGGAGUAAUUCCGUUCUUCGAUGCACGUCCGGCGACUAAGCAAAGUCAAGUGCCACUCAGCGGGAUGGCAAUUGUUUAUCGUAAGAGGAGAGGCUUUGGAGGAUUUAUCUCGCCAAAGCUCAUUGGACUUAAUCACGCUGAGUAUGUUGUUAGUAAAUUGACUCCCGAGGAGAAAAAAAAGUUAGAAAAGGACUUUUUGGAUAGUGCUGAUGGAUUGAGUCAAGAGAAUGCACUUGGGUAUACAAUUAAUAAUAGUAAAGAUGAAUCUGAUGAUGUGAAUGAAAUCGAUAAUUAA